AUGUCUGAGUAUAAGGAAAUGGAUACGGUGGAGCCGGAGAAACAGGAGGAUAUGCCGCCUCUUCCUCCGUCUCCUACGGCAUCUGCGUCAUCGUCGAUAUCAUCGUUGUCGUUGUCUCCACCAAGAAUUCCAAUACAUGACGAAAAGAAGGCAACACCAAAAAUCCCACUCUCCAACGACCCAUCUACCUGGGACCCUCUCCGGAAAGCAUCACCAAAACCCCCAGCAUUCAAACACGAAGAGCAGCUCUCGAUGUGUCCUCACUGUCGUCGUGUAGAGGCGGAUCUCUGUCGUCUUCCACCGUUGGAACAGCUUCCAGCUACCCAUGCCUAUAGAUUCCGAGAUGAAGAAUCUCGACUUCCGGCAUUGGAAUCGCUCCCACCAACCCGUCGAUACCGUUUUGAUGAUCCGAGAAAUGAAGGUACGGCUAGGGUUUACCCGGAUCCGGAAUUGAAGUUCGAAUUAGGUCGUCCUCCGUUUUUGUGUUUUCUACCGUUGAUAGUUUUGAAUCUCACCUACCUCUCAUGGCUCAUUGCCGACCUCUGCUAUACAUACGGUCCAUACUAUCGUUUCAAAUUAUACUUCGCGUCGGGAGAUAGCUUGAACCGUGGAAUGGAGAUAUUUGCCGGUGUAUUCCUGUUCCUGACGAACAUGGCCAUCAUCUGUAGACUCGUCUUUCACAGUCCGAGCUAUACUGGUCCAUCAUUCUCGUCAGCUUCAAGGGGUGAUAAGAAAUGGGUCGCCCGUGCAACAAUAUUUGGAUCGCUACCGGUUAUCAUGUUGGUUAUUGUGGCAUCGAUUCGAAAGAAUGUUGUUCCCGAGGGGAUUUCUCAGAAACCGAUGCCGACUUGCGAGAACUUGAAUUAUCCGACUACGAUCCAAUUCGACGUUUUGGAUCAUGCUACUGUUCGUGGGAAUCAUACGGAAAGAUAUAAUUUUAUUACUGUUUCGAAUCAAACCCAUAUCGGAAGGUUUACGCUUUCACCAAUAUAUGAUCCGGAAACUCUUCAGAAUGACUUUACUCUUACUACCCGUGAAGGGGAUCUUCGUAACGUCAGUAUCAACUAUUUCCUACAAUCGAUGCAAUACACCGUCAACUACCAUAAUGGCAAUGACACGAAUUCCUCACCAUUACCGGAAUACUUCGGCGGAUCAUGGCAAGAAACUCCGGCCUUCUACUUCCCAAACCUGUCACCGGCAAUAUCAGCCAAGAAACUGGAUAAAUGGCAAAUCAAAGCCUUUUCCGAAGGAAGUUUUCUUGAAAUCCUCAAGUUUGCGAGUGAUGAUAGGAAAGCGUGGAUUAGGACUCUUGAUAGGGAGUUUAAUACUCGGAAGACUUAUAUGGAGGCUUGUGCUAUGGGUGGAGUUGAGGAUGUGGCUGUUUUGGUGCCGGCGGGGGUUUUGCUUAUUGAAUUUGCGAAGGAUGUUUAUGAUACUACUGAGGGGGUUGAGACUGAGGAGUGA